CCCUCCCCCCUACUCUCACUCAGUGCGUGACACUGUCACACUGACAAUCCAUCUGUUGCUGUCGUGGUGGGGGUAUUUUUCAGUGAAGUCCAGUGAAGCAGUGAAAGAAAAUGGAGAAACUCAUUGAAGAAGUACAGAAAUACCCAUGCCUGUAUGGUAUGAGUUCCGAAUGGUACAGGGACAUAGGAAGGAAGGACAGUUGUUGGGAAGAUACAGCGCAGACGCUACAAAUGGAUGGUAAAUAUAUCAAACAUGAGUGGAAGAAGCUGCAAGAUUGUUUUCGGCAGGCCCUUGGUCGGAGGAAGACUUCAAGUGGUCAGGCCGCCAAGAAAAUAAAACCUUGGCGUUAUGAACACCAAAUGGAGUUCUUAAUUCCAUUCAUGAAUCAACGAGAUACUAAUAUUGAGGAGGACAUCAAUGAUGAUGCUGAUGUGGCAACACAGGUGGUGGAACCAGAUAACCAACAUCCCACCCCUGCCAUUCAUACAGAGGAAGGAUCUACACAAAAAAAUGACAAGCAAACUCAAAUCAAGGUCUCCUAGCGAGGUUGAGAAAGUAAUCACUUACUUUGAAAAUAAGAAACGGUAUGCAGAAAAGGAUGACUUGGAUAAUUUCUUUAUCAGUGCAUGCCAGUCAACAAGAAAAUUGUCUCGCUACAUGCAAAAUCAAGU